CAUAAUACCUCACUCUCAGUGUGUACCAGUUGAGUUCAUCUCCGCCCACUUGUUCCUCACAGAUAAGCACAGAAGGCGAAGAGAGCGGCGGGUGGUUGGCGGGCCGAUGGCUGCGGCGGAGACGUCGGGAUCGAGCCAGCCGGGCGCUCCAGGACGGUGGUCUCUUCACGGCAAAACGGCUCUCGUCACCGGAGGCACCCGCGGGAUCGGGCGUGCGGUGGUGGAGGAGCUUGCCGCGCUGGGGGCGGCCGUGCACACCUGCUCCCGGAAGGAGGCGGAGCUUGGCGAGCGCCUCAAGGAGUGGGAGGCCAGGGGCUUCCGCGUCACAACCUCCGUCUGCGACCUCUCCGUCCGGGAGCAGCGGGAGCGCCUGAUUGGCGAGGUCGCCGAACGCUUCGGAGGCAAGCUCAACAUCCUCGUAAAUAAUGUGGGGACAAACAUAAGGAAACCAACUACUGAAUUUUCUGCUGAAGAUUACUCUUUUUUGAUGGCCACUAACCUUGAAUCUGCAUAUCAUCUGUGCCAACUUGCACAUCCUCUUCUAAAAGCAUCUGGUUUGGGCAGCAUUGUUUUUGUAUCAUCUGUCUGUGGAUUAGUAGCCGUAUUUAGCGGCUCUAUAUAUGCUAUGACCAAAGGUGCCAUCAACCAAUUAACCAAGAACCUAGCAUGUGAAUGGGCGAAAGAUGGCAUAAGAACAAACUCUGUUGCUCCAUGGUACAUAACAACGUCACUUACAGAAGGACUUUUGGCUAACAAGGAAUUUGAGGCCUCCGUUGUGAGUCGAACACCACUUGGGCGUGUCGGAGAACCAGGAGAAGUAUCAUCGCUGGUUGCUUUUCUUUGCAUGCCUGGUGCCACUUACAUAACAGGCCAGACGAUCUCAGUGGAUGGAGGUAUGACUGUCAAUGGGAUGUAUCCAGCAUAAAGACUGCCAUUCUACUAAGGAAGAUGCUAUAUAUCGAUUUGCUGCCCAGGAGCCCAGUCAUACCUUGUGUUCUUGGCAACCAAAAUAAGUGCUGUAUUCCUGUAAAACUGAGCUCACCUUGAACACUAUUAUUCGCCAUUGUUCAGGUCAGCCAUGUGAAGAAAGUUGUGGUCAGAUUUGUGCUAUUAUUUUUAGAAUGUGGCGAGCUCUUUCAGUUUAA